CUUGCAAGAUCGAGCAAACUACUGAUCAACACAGCAGCCAUGGCCUUCAAGUUCCUCGCUUUCGCCGCCCUGAUCGCCGCCGCCAACGCCGGUGUUAUCGCGCCUGGUGCCCCUCUGGCCUACGCUGCGGCUCCCGCGGUUGUCGCCAAGACCGUUGACGCCGACUACGACCCGCACCCACAGUACAGUUACGCAUACGACGUGCACGACAGCCUGACUGGUGAUGACAAGAGCCAGCAGGAGACCCGCGAUGGCGACCUCGUCCAGGGUAGCUACUCCCUCUUGGAAGCCGAUGGCACCAGGCGCAUCGUCGACUACGCCGCCGACCCAGUCAAUGGAUUCAACGCCGUAGUCCGCAAAGAACCCGCCGCCGUUGCCGUCAAGGCCGUCGCCCCUGCACCCCUCGCUUACGCCGCCCCGAUCGCCAAGAUCGCCACCCCUGUGGCUCAUGCCCCUCUGGCCUACGCCUCCCCGAUUGCGAAGAUCGCCACCCCCAUUGCUCAUGCACCCAUCGCCUACGCCUCGCCGAUCGCCAAGGCCAUCUCCUACGCCGCCCCCGCUGCCUACCUCCACUGAACUGUGACCUGAUCACUACUUAGGAAUGAUACUUACCGAAUAAAUAUCAGUUCUUGUAGCAAGUA